CGUCAUUUACGGAUGACGGACACGUUUCUGUAAUAUCAUUGGCCUACUAAAACGUGUGAAAAUAGAAAAUCAACCAAUCAGAUUCAAAAGCGGCCAUCAAUUUGAAGUGUCAGCUGAUAAGAGUCAAAAAGGUGAUUUUUAUUGUGAUUUUGUCAUUCAAUCAAUUAUCAAAUCAUCGUCUCAAAAAGUGUAUCAAAUUCAUAUAUCAGCAGUUCCUGAAAAUUUCAGUACAUCGACGAUAUGUCGCUAGAAAAUAAAUAUAAUUUGAAAAGUCCAGGAGUAAAACGGUUAAUGAGAGAAGCAUUCGAGCUCGCCAGUCCCACAGAAGAAUUUCACGCUUGCCCUUUGGAUGAUAACCUCUUUGAAUGGCAUUUUACUGUAAGAGGGCCACCAUCUACAGAAUUUGAUGGUGGCUGCUAUCAUGGUAGGAUCUUACUACCAUCUCAGUAUCCAAUGCAGCCACCAAAUAUCAUUUUACUAACUCCAAACGGUAGAUUUGAAGUGAACAAAAAAAUCUGUCUGUCCAUAUCCGGUCACCACCCUGAAAGCUGGCAACCAUCAUGGUCGAUACGAACAGCUCUUCUGGCGUUGAUAGCCUUUAUGCCAACACCUGCUGCAGGCACAAUUGGCUCUCUAGAUUACACGCCUGAGGAGAGACAACACUUGGCCAAGAAAUCAAAAACGUGGGAGUGCCAGAUAUGUGGGAGGAUUGCAGACAAAUUGGCCUGGGCAGGAAGUGAUGGUUCAGGACACAAGUUGACAGAAGAGGAAACUAGUUUGAUCAAACAAAUUGCUUUGAAGGCUGAAGAGGACGCGAAUAAAAGCGAAGCAAGACCCACAACAAGCAAUGAACAACCUUCAGAGGAUUUAGAAGAUGGAAAUAUAGAAAUAAGGCAAAGAAUCACAAUAACAGCAGCACACUCAAGUGUCAGCACUAGUUUGCCCAACACUGACGCACUACUGACAGCAUCUAUUAACAGAAGCAACAAGUAAGUAUACUGAAAUCAUUUCACGUUGUUGAGUCCCAUUAGCAUUUGAAUCUGCGUUAAAAACGACUGAUGCAUAAUUCCUUCUCCAAUUGAUGCGAAUUUACUCUGAGGCCGACUCAUUUGUAGUUUUAGCAGUUGGAAGUAACAUUUGUUGAAUAUCUAUUUCGAGAAAUAAAUUAUUAGAUAUGCGACCAUUGGGCGCGUUCAGCUGUCCGAAGUAUAACAAAGCCUUGUGACUUGUGAAAUGCCGUUAAAGGAGCCUCGGUAGCUCGGUAGUCAGCAUGUCGACCUAGCAAUCGGGAGCUCACGGGUAUAUCAGAUUCCAGUAGAUUGCUCGUGGUGUAGUACAUUGUUGGUACUACAAGGUCGGCAAAAGGGUCAAAGGGUUUGUUGCCCUCUACUACUACAUAGUGCCGUUAACUUGACGAAUGCAAGUAUUGACAAUGAUUUUGUGACAGUUGCCAUAUGUGCGAAAGUCAUCCGGUUUUUCGUUGAUCAGUGGUUAAAUUCGUUGCAGAAGUUUGGUGCAGCUACCGAAAGCUUACCUUUCUGUUAAAUAAUAUGGCUUACACAUUCCAUUAAUUACUCGUUUUCAGAGAUCAACUGUGGACAGCUGUCAUCUGGAUCAUAAUAUCCAUCAUAAUCUUACUUGUAAUAAGAAGAAUAUUCCUGCUGUAAUGAAAUAUCCAUAAAUAAUAUACACUGAAGUCAAAUUAUAUUUUGAUUGAUUUAUUACUGGACAGUAUUGCUUUAGUAGUAUGUAUUAAAAUGCGAUUUGGUGGUCAUGAUUUAUUUUUUUACUUGGUGUACGUCAGCUGUAUUCUUUCGCUCUGUUUGUACUGAUCAAAUUGAACAGUUUAUCGAAUCAAACCUCUGUUGUGUUGUUUAGAGAACUGCCUAGAUCAAAAAGUGAUAUAAUUUCUCCCUGCUUCUCAAAAGCUAUAUCAUUAUAAUUAUUGCUUUCAUGCUUUUAUUUAUUUAUUUUGGCAUCAAAAAAUUGUAAAUAUCUGCUAUAAUUGUACUGGUCAUAUUGAUCGUGUGAUUGAAUCUGUUCUUUAUUGUCUUGUUUUGAGUACUUCCGCUACAGAGUUCAAAAAGUGAUAUAAUUGAUUUACUCGUUAGCGUAUUUCUUCAUGCUUCUCAAAGAUUAUUUGGUUAUUCUGAUCACUUUCAUCAUUCUUAUUUUGGUAUAUACUUCUGUCACAUGAAGCAGUUUAAAAGAAUACAGCUGCUACUGAACACAAAAAUUAUUUGGAUAAGGUAAAUUGUGAUCUUUAUAUAUUUUACUAUGUUAAAUAUGUUCUUUAUUUAAGCGAAAAUGAUAUAGAAUAUAAGAAAUUUUUAAAUAUAUUUUAAUUGUACGUUGAUGGUAACUUUGUUAAAUAAAAUGUAAAAGAAA